AUGUCCAAUUCCGAAGAGCCACCGCAUAAGAAGAGGAACAUGGAGCCGUCUCCUCCGUCGUCCUCGUCUUUGUUAUCUUCGCUGCCAGCUGAUGUCGCUCUGAAUUGCCUGGCUCGAGUUUCAAGAGAGGAUCGUGCCGCCUUAUCUCUCACCUCCAAGAGUUAUCGAUCUCUAGUGGCUUCGCAGGAACUCUACAAGACCCGGUCGCUGAUAGGUCGCACCGAAACACACGUCUACGUAUGUUUGCGAACCCCUCCUCCUAACCCAAACCUACGCUGGUACAUCCUCCGCCGUAGAAACGGCUCCUCCGAUCUGUUCCCGAUCCCUUCGUUAGCCUCUCAGCCUCCGGAAGCAUCCGCCGUGGUGGCUCUGGAUUGGGGAAUCUACGUAAUCGGUGGGUUGAUUAACGGAAAGCCCACUCCCGAUGCCUGGCUCUUGGACUGUCGGACUCACACGUGGCGCAGCCUCCCUUCAAUGGAAGUGGCUCGAGCUAACGCGGCUACUGGCGUCGUGGACGGGAAGAUUUACGUGUUGGGAGGGUGCGAUGAUGUUAAGUGGGGAGAGGUGUUUGACCCAAAGACUCAAAUGUGGAAAACGUUGCCGCUGAUUCGGAAGAAAGGCAGUGCGGAUGUCGACGUCCACGGCAGUUUGGUGAGGGACCAAAAGGUUUACUUAUUCUCUGGCAAGAAUGGAACCUUUUACUACUCGCCCAGGGAACGUAAAUGGGGAAGAGGGAAUCGUGAUCAAGUGAGAGGGAACAGAAGGGAUUGGUGUAUGGUGGAUGGUUUGAUCUGCUGUAUUAGUAGUUACGGGGGUGUGUUUUGGUGUGAGCCAGAUGCGUUGGAUUGGCGUGAGCCAGAGGGGAUCAUGUGUACAAAGGAGGUCAGGGGUUUGGGCUCUCUCCUCAUGCGUCUCUUUUAUUCCAGAGUGGUCCACUUUGGUGAGCAGUUGAUCCAUUGGUGGGACCAAUAUAAGGUCAAUCAUGUUAUUCCCAAAAAGUUUGGUGUAAGCCACGAGUUGGAAUAUUUACUUCCCGGGGCCAGAAUGAGCACCUCUGGUCGGAACAUGCUGCUCUUCUGGGACGUCGUCGAGGGUGAUCGUCUUGAGAUCUGGUGUGCGGAGAUCUCCUUGGAGAGACACCAAGGAGGGGAUGUUCGGGGCAAUAUUGAGUGGUCUAGUGCUGUCAUGACCGUUGAUCCUUUUGUAGACCACUACAAGGUUUUGCACUCUGUUUCUGUCACUCUUUGA